UGUUACGCAUAUCUUGAGCGUUGCGCGAAUGCGCUUGCUACAGACUAUUUUGAAGAUCUCUUCGAAAUUACCCUCAAAGUCGUAUGAAAAGCUGUCCAGGUUUAUUCAUGCUAAGGAUAUCUUGGGCUUGUUUCAAGAAUAUUAAUGAUAAUCUGAUGCAUAUACAAAGGCUUAUGGUAAAUGAUACAAGACCAUUAUGUGUCUCCAUAUUGAUGGGCAAUAUAAAGGGAAUUUUGCUAAUAGAACUUAAGGCCCUGAAAAAGCAACAUCUGAUGCUUAGUAACGCAGUGCAAAUGAUGAACAUAGUCUUCAGUUUACAACUUCUUGCUACUAUAGUUAUGAUCUUUUCUAUUACGACUUUUGAAUUGUACUUUUAUAUAGUGCGCUGGCAAGAUGGCAUACUCAUUAUUAGUUUUAAUAAUCC